AUGAUGGAUGUUGAUGCAACAAGUCUUGAACAACUAGAUGUUGCUUUUAAACUUGAUGUAGUCAAUAUUAUUGACUCCUGUAGGAUUUGUAUGACUCAGACGUUGAAUAUGAGCAGUAUAUUUGACACUGCCAAAGAAAAUAUCGUCGAUGAAAUACUUUUUUGCACAGGAAUCACCAUCAAAGAAGAUGCAGGUCUACCGUCACAAAUAUGUGAUGUAUGCCGCAAUAAUCUAUCCAUAGCAUACAAAUUCAAAACCACCUGUCUACUAGCAGAUGAAACAUACCGGAAACUGGUACCAAAAAUUAAGGAUGAAGUGCCAGAAUCAGGCGUAACCAAUUCAGCUUAUGCACGGUUAACGCUUAAAGAUGAAAUCCAGGAUGAUGUAGACAGUGAAGGUUUGGAGUAUGUGAAAACAGAGAGUGAUGUAGACGGUGCAGACGAUGUGAAAACCAAUGCUGAAGGGCGUAAUAAAGAAUUUGAGGAUGUGAAAAUAGAGAAUGAGUUGGAAAUUGUGGAUGGAGUUUUAAGAAAAAGUAGUUCAAUCAAGGUAAAAGCUAGAGGACGUCCAAGGAAGGCGACUGGGGCUAACGCUAAGCAGAGACCCUUGAGGAAGUUCAAAUUCCGAAGGUUAUGCUGUGAAGCAUGUAAUCUCAAGUUUGAUACAAAGGAACAGAGCAAUGAUCAUAAGAGACAAGCCCAUAAGGAUAUGUGGAUUUGUGAGGUAUGCGGUAAAAGUUUUAUCCACCGAGCGUCCCACUACACCCAUGUAAAGUCCCAUCAGCCUCCGAACUAUGGGUGCGACCAAUGCGACUAUAAAACAUGGCAUAAAUCUGAUCUCGUCAAACAUGUCAGGAUACAUGCUGGUCUAAAACUAUACCAAUGUGAGUACUGCAGUACAUCCUACUACACGUCGUCGAACCUGACCAGCCAUAUCAGACGACUACACAUGAAAGAGAGACUGUAUAAUUGUAGCAUAUGUAAACGCACCUUCUUCGAUAAGACCAAACUGAACAGACAUCUGGAUUCACAUUUUGAUAUUAAAAGGUUUGAAUGCAACGUCUGCCACGCCUGUUUCACCCGAAGAUGCUACUGGAAGAAGCACCUUCUUAGACAGCAUGACAUCGUCACUCCCCCUCAGAGACCAGGUCGGCAGAAGACCAACGAAGUCAUAGGAGACUAUCUAGAAAAACAAAGCAUCGGUGACUUUUAUCAGAAAGGGAAUUUGGUUGAUAGUAAGGAAUCGUAG